AUGGCCAAGACAUUGUCAGCAGCCAUCAUCCUGGCAGCUUUGGUCUACAGUGAGGCUGGCGACGUGGAGAUUUGCAAGUACAUGCAAGUCUCUUACACUGGCAAACAUCAGUACAUGAACCAUGUGCAGUGUACACAGGUUCUGCACGGCUCUGCAGUUACAUCUGGUGAGAGCUCAGAUCCAAUUUCCUUUGUCUUGACAGUGACAUGCGCGUCCGAUUCUUGCACAGAAUGUGACCAUGAUCCCGUGAAGUUCUACGGCCAGUGCAGCCAUGGGGCUUUGACCGGGAAAAUGUUUCACUACGCGGCCUUCAACAUGACAGGCAUUGUCGCCGGUCCGCUCGCCAACCUGUCCCUUCUCAUCGAUGUGGGUAGUGGCUCCGACGGACACUACGAGUUCAACGAGGCAGGCCAUGCUUCUCUCGAUCCGCUUCAUGUGUGA